GCUUCCUGCCGCACUGCCGUGCACCGCUCGGCCCGGGCCCCUCGCCGGAGCUGGCGGGCGUCCCCGCCGGGAGCCCGUGGCUAUAACUAGUCGCGAUCGCCGAGUCCAGCGCCGCCCCGGUGGCUGCCGAGCUGCUCCCCAGGGGGCGGCCCCGUCAGUGCUCGCCUUGCCGUUAUCCUCAAAUUAUCAAUGUCAUCAAACUAUGACUGUCAAUGGAUUUAUCAACUGAUGAAGUUAGACCCUUCAGUAUCCAGUCACUUCCAAAAGCCCAUCAGCUAGCCACCAGACGCCCAGCAUAUGGCCUUUAGAGGGCAUUUCAGAUCCAAACUGCAAAAGACUGAUCUUUGAAAAUAUGUAUUGGGGAGAUAGUCACAUCCUGUUGAAUACCUUAUGCUGGUGCUGCCAUCGAAAAAUCUGGUUACACUCUGGGGAGGCCUGCAGGACGGAGCCACCUCAGCCCUGAGAUGCACAUCCGGCCUUAGUAGGCCCACCAUGAAUAGAUACACAACGAUCAAGCAGCUCGGGGAUGGGACUUAUGGUUCUGUCCUGCUAGGAAGAAGCAUUGAAUCUGGGGAACUGAUUGCUAUUAAAAAAAUGAAAAGAAAGUUUUAUUCCUGGGAGGAAUGCAUGAACCUUCGUGAGGUUAAGUCUUUAAAGAAGCUCAACCAUGCCAAUGUAGUAAAAUUAAAAGAAGUUAUCAGGGAAAAUGAUCAUCUUUAUUUUAUCUUCGAGUACAUGAAGGAAAAUCUUUACCAGCUCAUUAAAGAAAGAAAUAAGUUGUUUCCAGAGUCUGCUGUAAGGAACAUCAUGUAUCAGAUAUUGCAAGGACUGGCAUUUAUUCACAAACACGGCUUCUUCCAUCGGGACUUGAAGCCAGAGAAUCUCCUCUGCAUGGGACCAGAACUGGUGAAAAUCGCAGACUUUGGAUUGGCUCGAGAAAUCCGAUCAAGACCUCCCUACACAGAUUAUGUGUCUACCAGAUGGUAUAGAGCUCCAGAAGUCCUCCUGAGGUCCACCAACUACAGCUCCCCCAUUGACGUCUGGGCUGUGGGCUGCAUCAUGGCAGAGGUGUACACACUCAGGCCGCUCUUCCCUGGGGCCAGUGAAAUUGACACGAUAUUCAAAAUUUGCCAAGUGUUGGGGACACCAAAAAAGACUGACUGGCCUGAGGGCUACCAACUUUCAAGUGCUAUGAACUUCCGCUGGCCCCAGUGCAUACCCAAUAAUUUAAAGACUCUGAUUCCAAAUGCUAGCAGCGAAGCAAUUCAGCUCCUGAGAGACAUGCUUCAGUGGGAUCCUAAGAAACGACCAACAGCUAGUCAGGCACUUCGAUCUCCCUAUUUCCAGAUUGGACACCAGCUGGGCAUCACUGCACAGAACCUGCAGGACUCAGGAAAGCCACAGAAGGAUGUCCUGGAAAAGACAGGCCCGCCUGCACACAUCAAGCCAGUCCCCCCUGCCCACCCCCCAGUCAAGCCACACGCGCGAAUUUCUUCCCGACAACAUCAUGCCAGCCAGCCCCUUCAGCAUCUCCUGUACGGCUACAAAGCAGAGACCUCCAGGACAGAUCACCAGAGCCAUACUCAGGAGGACAAGCCAAGCCCACUGCUUUUCCCGUCCCUCCACAAUAAAAAUCCUCAGUCGAAAAUCCUAGCUGGCCUGGAGCACAAAAUUGGUGAUAUCAAGCCAAAGAGUAGGAGAAGGUGGGGCCUUAUUUCCAGGUCUACAAAGGAUUCUGAUGAUUGGGCUGACAUGGAUGAUCUGGAUUUCAGUUCAUCCCUCACCAGGAUUGACCUGAAAAACAAGAAAAGGCAGAGUGACGACACUCUCUGCAGAUUUGAAAGUGUUUUGGACCUGAAGCCCUCUGAGCCUGUGGGUACAGGAAACAGUGCCCCCACACACACUUCCUAUCAGCAGCGAGACACACCCACCCUGAGAUCUGCUGCCAAGCAGCACUACCUGAAGCAUUCUCGAUACUUGCCUGGAAUAAAUAUAAGAAAUGGCAUGCUCCCAAAUCCAGGAAAGGACUUUCUUCCGUCUAAUCCAUGGUCCAGUUCUGGCUUGUCUGGAAAGUCUUCAGGGACAGUAUCAGUAAUCAGCAAAAUAAAUUCAGUUGGUUCCAGCUCUACAAGUUCUAGUGGACUGACUGGAAAUUAUAUCCCUUCCUUUCUGAAAAAAGAUAUUGGUUCUGCUAUGCCAAGGGUUCCCCUGGCACCUGUUCCGGACCCUUCCCUGGGCUAUUCUUCCCUGAAGGCUGUGAGACCUCAUCCUGGGCGACCUUUCUUCCACACUCAGCCAAGAAGCACUCCUGGCUUGAAGCCACGGCCUCCAGCCACCCAGCCAGUGCAUGGCCGGACAGACUGGGCUUCCAAGUACCCGUCUCGGCGGUGACUAUCUCAGCACCAAGACUCUUUCACAAGGGAGAGCAGGAAACUGUCCCUCAGCUGACUGGCAUUCAGCUUGCAAGAAAUGUGUGGAUGAUAUAAAAGCAAAUCAAUACUUUAUAGUUAUUCUUCUGAGCUAAGACAUUUCAAUAUUCUUUUUUAAAGUUUUUUUAAAAAUAUUGAUUUGAAUGCAAUAUCCUCUUUUAGUAUGAAAUUAUUUUAUUCUAAAACUAGGUCUCAUUAUUUUCUUAACAGCAUUUUGUAUAUAUGGAUUAUGUUUUAGCAUUUUAUACUGUCAACUUUGUAAUGAACUUUUUAAAAAUUAAGUGAUUUUCCUUUGGAGUUCCAGAUAAUAUUUUAUACAGACUUUGAAAAAUAUAAUAAUAUUGAUACAGUAUUGCAACAGGGGUGAAAUUUAAGGCUAUGAGACAAAGGGUUAUUUACUCAGUAUGUGCAAAUAUCAUGGUAUGGUUACAUUCUUAACAUGGCCCAUUAGGUACUUUAGGCUUUCUUGGGCUGACUUUAAGAAAGGAAGCCUCUGCUUUUCUUAAUAUCAUGUCAUUUUUUUUUGAUACCACUGUUGUAUCAUCCACUCUGUUUUAGUUUUGUUUCCUGGAACAAAGAACUCUAUAAAUAUUUUUUAUAGUUUUCACAACACCCUUUAAUGUGGUUGCGGAUAUUUAAAUGAAACCAACCUUAAUCAUACUAAGCUGACUCAUUCUAUUUUCUUCCAUUUUUGAAGUCAAAUUGUCUAAGUACUCAUAAAAGGAAAGCUUUCACAUCAAAAGGUUUCAACAUAAAGGUUAAUAUAGUCAGUUAAAUUUGUUUCUGCCAAGAUGCAUGACUAAAAAAAAAGUUUCAAAACAACAGAAGAUUUUUGAUUCUAAUAAUUGAGAUGGAAUUUUGCACUCAGCUUAGCUCUCUAGACCUGGCUAGGAGCUCAAGAAUAAUCUUCUGUCCUAGAUAAAUUCUCAGGACAUUUUGGGAAGCAGAAAAGAUCUAGGGCAGGGAACCCACUUAUCUAGGAAGUCAUGGUUGCCACGAUCUUAGUGUCCACAGUGUGCCACAUUGGAACUCCUAACUUGUAUAGUUUCUUUAAAGAUUAAGAGCUCUAUUUGUUGGGCAGAGGCUGUUCCAUAGAGAGGAAUGUUUACAGCACUUUUACAGAUGACAAAGCUAGUUUGGAAACAGAAAAGGACAGAAGGUCCACUCCAAUCCAUCCCCACACGACACAUUUGCCUCUACUCAUGGUUACUUUCCUGGCAAGAGUGAAUGCAGUAGUAAUCUUUUUUUUUUUUUUUUUUUUUGGUACCGGGGAUCGAACUCAGGACCUUGUGCUUGAAAGGCAGGCGCCAAAUCACUGAGCUAAAUCCCCAGCCCCUGCAGUAGUAAUCUUAACAGUGUUCUGACUCCUGUUCUCCAAGGGCUCAGAUGACUAUCCUUUGGUUCCAGGUUCCAGGAUACAGCAAGGCAAGUCAUAUGAAGUAAUCAAAUUUGUAGUUAAAAUGGUAGAUUAAGGUGAAUACAGAUACUUUCAUGUGGUUCAGUCUAGCAGGGUGAUAGACGAUCACUUUGGUGUAUUAAUAUGUUGCAGCCUGAACAAGUUACCAUGACUUCCAAAGGGCUCAUACCUAAAAUCAGGGAGUAAUAUAUGCUUUGGAGAAUCUGGCUCAAAAGUAUAUUUGACCAAGCACUAUGAUCCUGAGGGACAUGAGAAAAGCUCAUAAUGGAUGUGGAUCUGAUGGAUAACAUUAUCCUGUUAACAAACUGGCGGCAAAGCUUUUGAAAAUGUAUGUGCAAGCACAAUUGAAGUGAAUUCAUUUCUGUAUUAUAUUCUCAACUUGUUAUCUAAAGCCACGGAACAUGUGUUUUCAGAGAUGAGUCCUUUACUGUUAGGUUAAUAUUUAUUUUCUCUUUCUGUAUUAUAUAUAAAAAGUAAACUAAGCUGAAACCUUGCCCAGUUUUCUGGAAAGCUGGCUUUAAAUUGUAAAUACCCUUUAGAGAUGCAAAUGAGUUGUCAAUACCAUAUUAUCUGUCCUCUAGCCUGUGUUUAGGUCAUUAAGUUUUUUUUAAUCAAAAAACCUACUUACUUGAUUAUUACAUAUCUCAAAAUUGUUUUCUGAAAACUGUUUUAGGGCCCAUAUUCAAGGAAUACUUCAUUUUUUCCUUCCAUUUACUCUGUUUACCAGCAAGCAGCUUCCUUUGGGAAGCUAAACACAUUUAUUCACAUGAAUGUCAAGAAGAUGAUGUGCAGUUGAGAAAACUGUAAGACUGAGAAAACAAUCUAAUUCUAAAGAACUAGCAAAAUCCUAUAAGUAUUCUCCCCCCCUGCCCCCCCAAAUAGGUAAAGGACAAAUUGGGUAUACGAGCUAUGAAGUUCAGAAGGAAAUAAUGACCUUUUUUUUAAGCAAACAUAAAAAAUUUUCCUGUUACAUAUAUAUAUUUAUAUAUAUAUUUAUAUAUAUAUUUAUAUAUAUAAAUAUAUAUAUAUAUUUUUUUGGUACCAGGGAUCGAACUCGGGUCCUUGCACUUGUGCUGCAGGCGACGAAACCACUGAGCUAAAUCCCCGGCCCCUGUUACAUAUAUUUUUAAUUACCAUAGAAUUAUAAAGUGAAGUGCAAGACAGGAACAGGAGUGAUGAUUCACUCUACCUCUCCAUGUCUGUACCUCAUUACAGUCUGAAAGCUUCCUGGGAUGUCAGGAAAUGGUAUAGGUGGAAUUCCUUCUGAGCCCAAAAUUUCAGUGACCAUGGUGCACUGAGGGGUAUAGCUAUGCCUCACACACAGCAAGCACUGCAGAGAAACUGCAGUUGCAUUAAAGCCACUUUGGAUAUGAUUGUUCACUUUGCAAUAAAAUUCCAUUAAUUACCAAACCCUCGCCCAGCUUGAGUAUCAUAGGAUUUAAUUGGGUAGAAAGGUAAUUUUCAAACAAUUUUUUAGAUACAUCACUUAUUUAAAGGACCACAUACACCUAAAAAAGUAAUACUGUGGCACCUUUUGGGCUUAUAAAAAAUUGAAUGCAAUCAAGGUAACACAUGUCUAACAAAAUAAGAUAUUUUCUUUUUUAAGUGCAAAUACAGGUCCUGUUGGAGUGAAUGGAUACCACCUUCUUAUGAAAUAGCAUUUCCCUACCAUCAAGCCAUUGUUUCGUGCCAUUUAGGAGAGGGUGAAGAAAAGCAAUUCAGGCUUUGUUUCAGCUCAGUGUAUGACCAAAAGCAAUAUGUUUGUAAGAAAAUUUUUAACAUACUAAUUAUUUUAUAUCAUUUAAGUAUACUGUUGCAACUAGUUUAAUAUAUGUGAUUAAUUUUUACAAUUUCCAACCAAAUGUACUGUACAGUUAUAUAAUUAUUAUGAGAACCAUCUUAUGGAAACCAUUAAGAAGAAAAAUGGGACAAACAUCACAUUAAUCGGUAUUACCAAUUUCCUAAAAACCCUGUUCUAAUGUGAAUUUGAAAUGAUCUGACAGAGUCUCCUAAUCUCAGAUAUGUCAGUGCCGAUAGCAGUUUAAUUAGUUGCUUUGCUUACAACAGAGUAACUGAGACUUUAUUUAUUUAUGAAGCAAAUAUUCUUAAUAAUGAGAAGAUAGGCUGACAGAAAACCACUGAAGUAAGAACCUUCUGAAAUAAAAUUUUGCUUUUUAGUUUGUCCUAAGUGUUUAAUAAUGUUGAUUUUAUGUAAGGAAAAUGCUCAUGUUCCAAAUAAAGUUACAAUUUAA